AUGGCGGCGCCUCGUCGCUCUUCUCAGCAGCAACAACAGAGCAUAUCCUCGCCAUCUCGCAGUACUUAUCUUUCCCUCACUCCUCCGGGAUCUCCUACAGUUCCCGGUGGUGGAGUAAUUUUGGCUCCAGCGGGUGCUGAACUAGACAGCGCCGGUGAUCAGGAGGUAACUCCGGCCUCCCCAGAUAUCCCCGCCCCGGCCCUGAGCAGUAGCACCAGCUCCUCAAACGUUAGUACCACCGGGGGUGGCAUCAGCGCUGGCCCCAGUCCUGACUCGAGUAGUACUAGCCCCGCGGGCGGCGACUGCGGGACAAGCGGGGCUUUCAGAGAGUUGUUUGAAGCCUGUCGCACUGGGGAUGUAUCGCGGGUGAAGAGGCUGGUGGAUACGGUUAACGUGAAUGCCAAGGACAUGGCUGGGCGAAAAUCCACUCCGCUGCACUUCGCUGCAGGAUUUGGGAGGAAGGAUGUUGUAGAGCACCUCCUUGAGACAGGUGCCAAUGUUCAUGCCCGUGAUGAUGGAGGUUUGAUCCCUCUGCAUAAUGCCUGCUCCUUUGGCCACGCUGAGGUGGUCAGCCUGCUCCUCUGUCAGGGUGCUGACCCAAACGCCCGGGACAGCUGGAACUACACACCGCUCCACGAGGCUGCCAUCAAGGGCAAAUUAGACGUGUGCAUCGUGCUGCUCCAGCACGGAGCUGACCCCAACAUACGCAACACUGACGGCAAGAGUGCCCUGGACCUGGCCGACCCAUCCGCCAAGGCUGUACUCACCGGUGAAUACAAGAAGGACGAACUCCUAGAGGCAGCUAGGAGUGGAAAUGAAGAGAAGCUCAUGGCCCUGCUCACUCCGUUAAACGUCAACUGCCACGCAAGUGACGGCCGCAAGUCGACAUCUCAAAAAAUGCUGUCCACCCCUCUCCACCUGGCAGCAGGGUACAACCGGGUCAGAAUAGUACAGCUCCUACUACAGCACGGUGCCGACGUACAUGCAAAGGACAAAGGGGGUCUGGUUCCUCUCCAUAAUGCCUGUUCCUAUGGUCACUACGAAGUGACAGAACUGCUGCUGAAGCAUGGAGCGUGUGUGAACGCCAUGGACCUGUGGCAGUUCACCCCUCUCCACGAAGCUGCCUCCAAGAACCGCGUGGAGGUGUGUUCUCUGCUGCUGAGCCACGGGGCCGACCCCUCCCUGGUCAACUGUCACGGGAAGAGUGCUGUGGACAUGGCCCCCACCCCAGAGCUCAAAGAGAGACUCACCUAUGAGUUUAAGGGUCACUCUCUGCUCCAGGCAGCGCGGGAGGCAGACAUGGCCAAGGCCAAGAAGACCCUUGCUCUAGAGAUCAUCAACUUCAAACACCCACAGACCCACGAGACGGCACUGCACUGUUCAGUGGCCUCUCCUCACCCCAAGCGGAAGCAGGUCACAGAGCUGCUGUUACGUAAAGGUGCCAACGUCAACGAGAAGAACAAGGACUUCAUGACUCCCCUCCACGUGGCUGCUGAGAGGGCACACAAUGACAUCAUGGAGGUGUUGCAGAAACAUGGAGCAAAGAUGAAUGCACUGGACACCCUGGGGCAGACAGCCCUGCACCGUGCUGCCAUGGCAGGACACAUCCAGACCUGCAGACUGCUGCUGAGCUACGGCGCAGACACCUCCAUCCUCUCACUACAGGGAUUCACCGCCUCACAGAUGGGCAACGAGGCCGUGCAGCAGAUACUCAGUGAAAAUGUACCAGCGAGGAACUCUGAUGUUGACUAUCAACUCCUGGAGGCAGCUAAAGCUGGAGAUCUGGACACUGUGAAGUCAUUGUGUUCUCCACAGAAUGUGAAUUGUCGGGACCUGGAGGGUCGUCACUCCACUCCGCUGCACUUCGCCGCCGGCUACAACCGUGUGGCAGUGGUGGAGUACCUGCUGCAUCAUGGGGCCGACGUCCACGCUAAAGACAAGGGAGGUCUGGUGCCCCUGCACAACGCCUGUUCCUAUGGUCACUAUGAGGUGGCUGAGUUGCUGGUGAGACACGGGGCGUCGGUGAACGUGGCAGACCUGUGGAAGUUCACUCCUCUCCACGAGGCUGCAGCCAAGGGCAAAUACGAGAUCUGCAAGCUGCUCCUCAAGCAUGGGGCAGACCCGACCAAGAAGAACCGUGAUGGAAACACUCCUCUGGACAUGGUGAAGGAGGGGGACACGGACAUCCAGGACCUGCUGAGAGGAGAUGCUGCCCUGCUGGAUGCUGCGAAGAAGGGCUGUCUGGCCCGCGUCCAGAAACUCUGCAGCCCAGAGAACAUCAACUGUAGAGACACACAGGGACGCAACUCCACCCCCCUGCACCUUGCAGCUGGCUACAAUAACCUGGAGGUAGCAGAAUACCUGCUGGAGCAUGGAGCUGAUGUCAAUGCCCAAGACAAGGGGGGUCUCAUCCCCCUCCACAACGCUGCCUCUUAUGGGCAUGUGGAUAUAGCUGCUCUCCUGAUCAAGUACAACACGUGUGUGAACGCUACAGAUAAGUGGGCCUUCACUCCGCUCCACGAGGCGGCUCAGAAAGGCCGGACCCAGCUGUGUGCUCUGCUACUGGCCCACGGAGCUGACCCUAGCAUGAAGAACCAGGAGGGACAGACGCCACUGGACCUGGCUACGGCUGAUGACAUCAGAGCGCUGCUGAUAGACGCCAUGCCUCCGGACGCCCUGCCCAGCUGCUUCAAGCCUCAGGCCACGGUGGUCAGCGCCUCAGUGGUCAGUACAGCGGUCAUCUCUCCAGCCUCCACGCCCUCCUGCUUGUCUGCAGCCAGCAGCAUAGACAACCUGGCCGGGUCCCUCAGCGAGCUCACUGUGGCUGGAGCCACUGGGCCUGCAGAUGGAGCCACCGGCUCCGACAGGAAGGACAGAGAGACUGUCGUAGACAUGAACAUCAGCCAGUUCCUGAAGAGCUUGGGGUUGGAGCACCUGCGCGACAUCUUCCAGAGGGAACAGAUUUCGCUGGAUGUCCUGGCUGAUAUGGGCCACGAGGAGCUGAAGGAGAUUGGGAUCAACGCCUACGGUCACCGCCACAAACUCGUCAAAGGCGUGGAGAGACUCCUGGGAGGACAGCAAGGUGCUAAUCCGUACCUGACGUUCCACUGUGCCAGUCAGGGCACGGUGCUCAUAGACCUGGCCACGGACGAUAAGGAGUUCCAGUCUGUAGAAGAGGAAUUGCAAAGUACGAUCCGAGAGCACCGGGACGGGGGCAACGCAGGUGGGGUCUUCAGCAGGUACAACAUCCUAAAGAUCCAGAAAGUGGUGAAUAAGAAGUUGAGGGAGAGGUACUCACACAGACAGAAAGAGAUCGCUGAUGAAAACCACAACCAUCACAACGAACGCAUGCUCUUCCACGGUUCUCCAUUCAUCAACGCUAUCAUCCAUAAGGGAUUUGACGAGCGGCAUGCCUACAUCGGAGGCAUGUUCGGAGCGGGCAUCUAUUUUGCAGAGAACUCCUCCAAGAGCAACCAGUACGUGUACGGUAUAGGAGGGGGCACGGGCUGCCCCACUCACAAAGACCGUUCCUGCUACGUCUGCCACAGGCAAAUGUUGUUUUGCAGAGUGACCCUGGGCAAGUCCUUCCUCCAGUUCAGUGCCAUGAAGAUGGCCCACGCCCCCCCUGGACACCACUCAGUAAUCGGUCGGCCCAGCGUCAACGGACUGGCGUACGCAGAGUAUGUAAUCUACAGAGGAGAACAGGCGUACCCAGAGUACCUCAUCACGUAUCAGAUCCUGAAACCAGAGAGCACACCCUCCCCCACAGCCGGAGCAGAACAGAAGACCUAGUCCAGACUCAACCAGACUAACACACACCCACCUUUGCUGGGAGAGAACGAAUCACAGAGACUGUUACCCAAAACACUACUUCACACAUUCUGGGCUGAGCCGGGAUGAACCUCAGCCCCUUAAAUGAACUCUACGCCCCUGGAAAGAUGUCUUUCCUCCACUAGUAUUCUGUUCUAUUUCACUCACUAUAAAGGACCAGUUCCUCACAACCACCACCAUUUAUUUUCCCAAAUGUUUUGUUUUUAUUUUUUCCCUCGUCCUUCUUGUGUUUACUUGAAAAUGUUGCCUUCACUGGGAAUUGUCUAAUGUUGUCGCCUGUCUAGAGCUCAUGCUCCCGGGUCUCUCGCUCAUGGUUGCCCCUGGUGAUUGUUGUCACUGGUUACAGCCAAAUAGAGAGAACCAAGCAGAUAAAGUUCAGGUUAGGUUAGAGAUGGGGACUCAAAGCUCAUUGGUUUGUGGUUAAGGUUAGAAAUAAGGGACUCAAAGCUCAUUGGUUAGCGGUAAGGCUCAGAGAUAAGGACUCUUGCCAGUCUGCCUUUACCUGAGUGAUAGCUUCCCCAGUGAAGCAUGGCUGAGACUCCUCUACUGUACCUAUCCCUCAGAUGGAUAUGUAGGUAGAGAUCAGGGUGGAUGUACUGGUAUGCAGUAUACCAGCCUCACUCCCAGCCCUGUUUCUUCAUCAAGCCUGGCAAGGGAAGCUACGGUACACAAACCCCAGACCCAGAUCAUGCGUGACUGAAAACAACCAAUAACCUCUCCCUUUCCGUUCCAGCACACAAAUAUACUUUUUUUAGCUCAUCAAACAUUACACUUCAUUUAUCCUAUUAGUUCUGUAUUAUUUUAUUGUGAUAUUUCCAUGAUUGUUUUACUUUAUUGUUUUGACUUUGUUUUAAAAGAUGAUGUAUAAUGGGACCAUGUCACAAUGGGGACCAGACCUGGAGGUUUUUGACCCCUUUGUUUUUUUAAGUCGAGAUGAUAUAAG